UUAGUAGAAGGCGGAUGGCGGAUGGUGAGUAACUGUGAAACAUAAUAAUAUGGCCACAGAAGAUUUAACUGUUCAGGUUCUCAACCUUGCUCCAAGGGUGACUCUUGCAGAAUUGAAUACCUUCUUCUCUUACUGUGGAACUGUUCAACAAAUCCAGCUCCUGAGGGAUAAAGACCAAUUACCGUAUGCCUUAGUGACUUUUGUGCAGCCCUAUACUUUUCAAACUGCUCUUCUCCUUGAUGAUGCUACCCUUGGAGGCCAACCAAUUGGCAUAUUACCUGCGUAUGAUAUAAGAAUUCCUAUAGUUUCAGAUGAAGACGUUAAAGAUGAUCACACCCAGAACAAAAACCAAUUAGCUUUCAUCCCGACUGCCAAUAUGUUGAGGAAAAGCCCAACUGCCAAUAUGUUGAAGAAAAGCAAAGAAGAGAUGGAGGAGAAGUUGAAGCUGUCGGAGAAAGCGGGGAGAGUGCUGAUGAACCAAACAAGAUCGGCAAUUUAUGCGGUUGAGCAGGCAGCAGGACGCAUGGGAACUGCACUUAUGAACAAUAACUAAGUUUCAGCUGGUACUAGAGGCUUUUCUGAUGUACUUGAUAAAGCCUCAAGGUCUGCCUCAGAGUUGGGAAUUAGGAAGAGAGGGAAGUAAAUUCAAUAUAACCCUAAUUCUACAAACCAUGCAUGCAUGCACAUACGAGUCUCUUAAAGUUGCAUGUACUUCUCUCUAUUGACACUUAAUAGUCAGUUUAUGAAUAACUUAACGAUCGUGUACAUGUAAUUAUAAGAUUGGAGUAUCAACAUUAUUACAAACAUCAACGAGAUAUCCGCAUUUUAAGAAAAUUGCAGCUAAUAGUAUUGUAGGAUAUUUUCAAACGUGUAAUAAUUUGUUUGGGAGAACAUUUCGAUGUUCUAUAUUACAUUAUGUAACAAGUAUCUAGGUCUUAAUAUGUAAUGAGCUUGUGUGUG